AUGACGAAGGAUGCUUGUGUCGACGGGGCCACCCCCGGCCGCCCGAACCUACCUCAAGACCUCCAUGGACCGGCGACGACUCGGAAAAAGCGCCGCUUCAUCAGCAUCGGCGAAAUAUAUUCAGACACCGAAGAUGUAGAUUUUCGGAAACUUGUCAAAGAAGUCGACAUGCGAACCGAGUUCGAAAGGGUCAAGACCAGAUUCACCGUCACGGUCCCCUUGAUGGAGCAGAUUGAGCAGGGCGAAGCCAUAGCAGCCAUAGCAGAGGAGUCUAUUCAGACUCUUGACAUUAUUCAGGAGGAGAAGGAGGCUCAUGCGGAUACACAGGGUUUUUCUGUCAUAGCGAUCUCCUUCUCUAGAGUUCGAGCCGAGCAUUAUAAUCGCCUGGGACUCAUAUCGAUUACGCUUACUCACUCUAUCUCCUCGAAUGUUAGAGAUACACUUCCCCCAACUGCCUGUUCUGAGCUUGAUACCUUUUGGGGGUUACAUCGAGACAGCAUCUGUGAGGACACGGAGGAAAGUCUGGAUGCGGUUGGGACAAUUCCUGAGGCGCGGUCGAGGUGGCUCAUCGACACCCAGAUCAGAAAAUUGGUUAAAUUUAUGAAGAAGAAGCGCCUACGCCUUUUCAUACAUCCGGAGCUCACAAUCUCCAGUGCCGCAGGGAAAAAUGCUCAGCCUGUAAAGGUAUCUUGUGGAAACUCGAUGACUAUCUUGACUGGUUCUGUCGACUACGCCGGGAGUCUUAUCAGCGACCCAUUACGAGUGCAGAUGAUAGGCAAGAAAGCCGAUCACGCUGACAAGUAUUUACGCGCAAGAAACUUCCGGGGUUUACUCAAUACUCAUCUGUGGAAAACGACAAGUUCCGAAGGUUUCUUGAACUUCCUGGUCAUUGAGGCUAAGAAGGGAGACCCCGCAGCAGAAGGAGCUUCUUCAUUGGAGUCCCAUGUGCCACAAGUCUUGGCCGAGGCGCUAGCCUGUCUCGAGAUGACGGCGGGGAACAAACCAGGAACCGCCGCCUUACCAUGGUGCCUGACUGACGGCAUACAGUGGUUCUUCGGCGUCAUUGUUCGAACACAGGGGUGUCAGCAAACAACCAGCUACAGGGCGCCUGCCAUGUCUUUCAGCGAGAAGAAGAUCAAGGAAGCAGAUUUGAAGAACAUCUUCACUGCUUUGACAUUCUGGGCCAUCACAGCCCCUAGUGAACUUGCAAAGAAGAUGGAGACGUGGUACAAACCCGGUUGA